CGCUUUGCUUCCUCCGUCCGUCUGUCCACAACACCUACACGGCCGGCCGCUUACGAACUGCUAGCUCUUUUCCGCCGGAUCUGCCGAUGGAGGCCGCCGGGAUUGGGUGGCUAGCGCAAGAGAUCCUCUCACACCCCCUGAUCAGCAAGCCCCCUGAUCCCUGGGUCCGCGAAGCCGGGCUUGCGGAAGAAAUCGACGGGCUCACAUCUGCAAUCAAGCAAGUUCGCAUGGUGGUCUCUGCGGUUGAGGGCAGGGAGCUUGGCAACGAGCCAGUGGCUGAAUCUCUUGUUGAUCUCAAGGAGGUGCUCUAUGAUGCGGCCAACGUGGUCGACGACCUCGACUACUACAAGCUCAAACAGGGUAAGCCUGCUGAUAUACCACCAACAAAUAGCAGUCGUGGGAGGAGGCAACGGUCUAAGGCAUGGGACCAUUUUGUGAUUAUAAGAGAUGAUAAUGGAAAGGCUGUGGAGGCAGAAUGUAAAUACUGUCACACGGUAGUUCAAUGUAAGACUACAAAUGGGACAGGGGUUUUGAGCAGGCAUAUCAAGAGUGCUGGUUGCAGGGCAAGUCACCAACCGCAAGACCCUUCUUUGAGCAUAGGCGAUGCUACUGGAAAUGGAUUGCCUGUUUCAGUUGGUAAUUCAUCCAGCAGAAAAAGGAUGAGAAUUGAUGAUGAACCAACACAGGUCAUAACAGAUAACGCAUACCUGUCGAAGAAGGACGAAUUUUCCAUCAGGUUACGACAAAUAAUUAGUCAAUUGAAGGGCAUCCAAAGGGAUAUGAGCGGGGUUCUCAACAUACUUGGGUUUGAUUCUGCUACAACUACAAAUCACCGUCAGAGUACAACCUCGGAUCCAUGCCGAAGAACAUCAAGUCUUGUUCAAAGGGAAAUGUACGGGAGAGCAGCAGAGAAAAAAUCCAUCAUCAAUUUGAUAAGAGAACACAAAUCAGCUGCUGGUGUCACUGUUGUGCCUAUUGUAGGCAUUGGAGGAGUUGGCAAGACAUCUCUUGUUCAACAUGUAUACAAUGAUCCAGCAGUGGAAAAUCAAUUUGACAUCAGGAUAUGGAUUUGGGUGUCUAACAUCUUUGAUGAAGUGAGACUCACAAGGGAGAUGUUAGAUUUUGUGUCCGAGGAAACACAUCAAGGGCUUUGCAGCUUUGCCAAGCUGCAGGAGGUCUUGAAGACUCAUAUCAAAUCCAAGAGGCUAUUGGCUCCUUUUAGGUCUGACAGAGCAAACAACAAUUUGAUAAUCAUGACAACUAGAAAACCAUAUAUUGCAAAAAGGAGAGGAACGGUUGAACCAAUUAAGUUAGGUGCAUUGGAAAAACAGGAUUUCUGGUUACUGUUUAAAGCAUGUGCAUUUGGUGAUGAGAACUACGAAGAGAAAGAAAGUCUACGUGACAUAGCGCAUAAAAUGGCACAAAAAUUGAAGGGUAACCCAUUAGCAGCACAAACUGCAGGAGCACUAUUAAGGGAACAUCUUACCGUUGAACACUGGACUAACAAUCUGCAGAAUGAAUACUGGAAAUCCCUGCAACUAUGCAAUGGCAUCAUGCCGGCUUUGAAGCUUUGUUAUGACGAGCUGCCCUACCAUCUACAACAGUGCUAUUCAUAUUGUUCUAUAUUCCCAUAUAAUUAUCUGUUUCAUGCCGAGGAGUUAGUUCGUAUGUGGAUUUCACGCGGAUUUGUGAAGCCUGAUUAUUCUAGUAGGAGUUUAGAGGAGAUGGGACGGUCCUAUCUAUCUGAGUUGGUGAACUUGGGCUUCUUUGAGCAGGUUGAGGAAAAUGAAGAAAACAUAUCUCGUAGUGAGAAGUUCGAAGAAAAAGUAAGAGUUGCAUUUACAUCAGUGAAGUACUUGAGGGUAAAUCAGACACAUCUCCGGUAUCUAAAACUUGAGGGCGGUGAUGUUGAGCUGGGUUCACCAUCUCAAGUUAAGGGCAAGUUGUCCCAUGAAAUAUUAGAUGGUUGGCUUACCUCUUUGCAGAUAAUUCAUCUAGAGAACUGUGGAGAGGGCUGGAUUCUUCCAUGUCUAGAAAGGCUUCCGUUUCUUACAAGGUUGAAGUUGUGCAAGAUGCGGGAACUAAGAGAAGUGUCAGUUCCAUCAUUGGAGGAGCUAGUUUUAGUUGAGAUGCUAGAGUUGGAGAAUUGUGUUUGCACUUCUCUGGGAGAUAUGAACUCUAGUUUAAGGUUACUGGAGAUCCGAGGUUGCCCUGCACUCAAGAAGUUUGAUUUGCUUGAGAAACAUCAUAGCUUCAAAAUGGAGAAUAAUACAUGGUUGCCUAGUCUUACAAAGUUCGUAAUCUGCGAUUGUCCUCACUUGCAAAUAUUGGCCCCUCUUCGUCCUUUAGCCACAUUAUCUGAACUUUUAAUCAGCCGAGUUUCUAUGUUUCUCACGAUCGAUGGAUAUUCCAUGGAAACAUUCGAAAUUAGGCCAAAUAGUCUUUUGGGUGAUUCUUCUGGUGAGAUGAGACUGGACCACAAAAUCCUGGCAUUCCAUAAUCUGAGGGACCUCAAACACUUGGAAAUAAAAGGCUGCCGGAAUCUGGUGUCUAUUUCGCUAAUAAGUUUUUCUCAUCUGGUAUCUCUAGAGAGUUUGAGCAUAGACAACUGCACAAAACUCUUCUCUUCGGAUAUUCUGUCACUGCACACGCAUGAAGAAUUGAUAGCUACAGGUUAUAAUGCCUUGCCAUACCUUGAAAGUCUCAGUAUUGUUUCAUGUGGAAUAACGGGGAAAUGGCUAUCUAUGAUGCUUCGACAUGCGCUGGCCAUGAAGGAAUUGGUGAUAAAGGACUGUCCAAAGUUGACAAAGUUGCAGCUCGAAGGGGGAGUUGCAGCUCGAAGGGGGAGGAAACAGUCAGUCGAAUCAGGAAAGGCUCAAGAUGGAUUGUGGUGUGUUCCAUUAAAUGUCACAUCCUCUCUCAAAAAGAUAACUAUUUGCAAAUGCCCUACUCUAACAUUUGAUGGGAGAAGGAAAGGCUUCGCUGGAUUUACCUCCCUUGAGUAUCUAAAAAUUGAGGAAUGCCCCGAGCUGUUCUCGUCUUUGGUGCACGGAAGAUUACUCCUCCCGCGAUCACUUGAAGAAAUUGCAAUUGAUGAUUAUUCCCAGGAAACCCUGCAGCCCUGCUUUCUGAAUAACCAUACAUGCCUCAAACAUAUAGCAGUGUGUUAUAGCCAAAGUUUGAUUUCUCUAAUGUUGCACUCCUGCACGUCUUUGGAAGAUUUGACAAUUAGAGAAUGCAAAUGGCUCGGCACAUUACACGGCAUGGAAUCACUUGGAACCAUCAGGUCUUUGGGAUUACAUGGAACCUCAAGUUUGGAAUUUCUACAGCUGGAAUCCUUCACACUGCUGGAAGAUCUUCAUAUUGUAAGAUGUACUUCGCUCGUCACACUAGAGGGCCUGCUAUCCCUGUUGAACCUCAAGCAUCUGGUAGUCAAAUCCCCUACCACGUUUGGAGUGAGUUAUGAGCUAACAGGUGGAAUUCUCCCUAGACUGGAAAGUCUUGAAAUCGAUGAUUUGUCUCGCCUUACCACGUCAUUCUACAAGGGCCUCACCUGCCUCCAACGACUACAACUAUAUCUUCUGAAAGAAAAGAGACUAACAGAUGAUCAAGAGAUAGCACUUCUGCUCCACAGGUCCCUGCAACAUCUCCAAUUUUUCCAUUGUCUCGAUCUCGUAGAUCUUCCGGCGGGGCUGCACAGCCUUCCUUCCCUAAAGAUGUUGGAGAUCGAACGCUGCCCAAUCUCAGAGCUGCCGAAGGAGGGCCUCCCACCUUCGCUGGAGAAACUGUAUAUAUGUGGUUGUGAUGAUCUGGUAGAUCUUUCUGCGGGGUUGCACAGGCUUCCUUCCCUCAAGGCAUUCAAGAUCAGAUAUUGUAAGCGCAUCUCAGAGCUGCCAAAGGAGGGCCUCCCACCCUCGCUGGAAGAGCUGGAGAUCACAGGUUGCUGCAACAAGUUGUCAGAACAAUGCAGAUUGCUAACAACAAGCAAGCUAAGGGUCAAAAUUGAUGAUGCUGUGUGAAUUGAUUACGU